GCGAAUGACAUCCGCUAUGAACAAACGUUAAAUAGUUAAGAUCUUAUGGCAAUCUCAGACAACCACACCUGAGUUUCGCAAGAGAAUUACACGAUGCGUCGAUUCUCACGGCAAGAAAAUUUUGAGCUUGCCAGCGGCCUCAACGUGAGGUCUGCUGCAAGUGAACCUCCAGCGGAGACUUUGGAUGAAAGCCGAGUGGCUUCGGCCUUCCCAGAUGGCGGGCGGGAGGCAUGGACAUGUCUCCUGGGCUCAUUUCUGAUGAUGUUCCCCUCGUUUGGUUUUCAAACAGCUGUCGGAUCCGUCCAAGACUAUAUCAGCACCCACCAACUUGCCGAAUAUACCGUCCGCGAUGUCGGUUGGAUCACCGCAGUCCUAGUCUUCCUAACUCUCUUCCUGGGCGUCCAAGUCGGCCCACUAUUCGACCGCUAUGGCCCCAGAACCCUCCUAAUCAGUGGUUCCCUCGCGAGCUUCACAUCCUACAUCCUCCUCGCCCAGUGCACAAAAUACUGGCACUUCAUGCUCUGCCUCGGCGUCUUAGGCGGUACCUCCGCAGCAGUAAUAACAACCGUCUCCAUCGCGGUCCUAAGCCACUGGUUCUACCGGCGCCGCGCCCUCGCCUCCGGCAUCUGCAUGGGUGGCUCCUCCGCUGGCGGCGCCAUAAUCCCCCUCUUACUCCGCACCCUCUUCGCCAAGUACAGCUGGACCUGGGCCAUUCGCGUAAUCGCCUUCAUAGCGCUCGCCUGCUACGCGCUAGGCUUUUCCUUAAUCAAAGGCCGCCUCCCAGCCAGCACAUCCAGCCGCGCAACAAUCGACCCCGCAGCCUUCAAAUCCCCCCGCCUCUGCUUCCUAGCCGUCGCCGUCUUCGCUUUUGAAUUCAUCAUCUUCGGCUGCGCGGCCCUUCUCCCCACCUACGUCCGCUACGCUGGCCUCGCCACAGACGUCCAGUUCUACUCCCUCACCGUUCUAAACGCCAUGAGUCUCCUUGGUAGAGUCCUCCCCGGCGUUGCGGCGGACCUCGUGGGCAGAUUUAAUAUCCUCCUCUCACUAGUUGUCCUAACUCUCCUCGUCAUGGCAGCCGUCUGGACCCCCUUCGGGACACAGAACGAGGCAACAUUAUAUGCUGUGGUAGCUAUCUUUGGGUUCGGGUCCGGUGGGUGGUUAUCGCUGGCGCCGGUGUGUGCGGGUCAGUUGUGUAAGACGGAGGAGUAUGGGCGGUUUUAUGGGACGGUGUACUGUGUUGCAGCGUUUGGGGUGUUGGUUACUGUUCCAGUUGGAGGUGAGUUGUUGCAGACGACGACGCCGCAGGUGCUUGUGGGCUUCUAUUCGGGGGUUUUGGUGCUGGGGUUAGUUUGUGUAGUUUUGUCGAGGUGGGCGCUUUUGGAUUGGAGGUGGAGGUGGAAGGUUAGGGUCUAAACUUAUUUUCUCACUUGGUUGAUUGAUAGAUUCUAGACUUUGGUGGCUUUGAUUCAUGGGUGGUUGGGUGUUACUGUUAUAGAAAGAUUGUUUUGGGUUGUAUUGUAUAUUUUUUGGAGGAAUUGAAGCUGGGGAUUUGGAAAAUGAUUGGGAACUCUUUCUUAUAAUUAUGGCGAUCUUGCAGCGAAUAUAAAUUUCUAUCAAUCUCCUGGGAGCGGCCUUGCAGUGAGUCAUCAUAGGUUGUGACAAACCGUACUGCAUAUAAGAUGCCGAUUACUAUAUUAUUAAUAUUGCUUCUCUAGUAGUAAUUCUAUUUUACUCUCAGGGCCCUAUAGCUCAGCGCCGCCAACCGUUUCUGACAACAUUAUCUAUGUCGCCUUUCUAUCAUACGGGUUGGGCAUUUGACUUCACUAAGAAAACAGACGAACAAUAUACAAAGUAGAUAGACAAGACAAGGG